UAGUGUGCAAGGAAGCGUGAACAAAAGGAACGACGAAGAUGCUUUCGGAUCUUAGCAGGGCACGAGGGGUGGAGGUGCGCCGGCGUCACCGCGGCUACUUCAAAAUGGAGCCCGUCUUGGAGAACGAGCAACUUUUUAAAAACACUCACUUUGGAGACAGGAGCGUCUGCGGAGAAGUAGUGACAUCAGGGGUAUAUGGAGUAUUCAGACAGAAAUCAUUUGGAUCGUGCGAUCAGCACAAUUCGUCGCUGUCACGCACACUGUCAUCGUAUGCGCGAGUUGCACGGCGCCUUUCUUCAACGAAAUUUUGCACAUUAUUCAAUCGCAAAAUGGCGGCUAGUGCAAAUAGCUCAAGUUUGUGGCCGAAUAGUCAGGCUGACUAUGAAUUGCGAGACGUUAUUGGUGUCGGUGCUACCGCCGUUGUGUAUGGGGCCUUUUGCAUACCGCGUCAGGAGAAAUGUGCCAUCAAGAGAAUCAAUUUGGAGAAAUGGAAUACGUCAAUGGAUGAACUGCUUAAAGAAAUACAGGCAAUGUCAAGCUGCAACCAUGAAAAUGUAGUAACAUACUAUACUAGUUUUGUUGUGAACGACGAAUUAUGGCUUGUGCUGAGACUCCUUGAAGGAGGAAGUCUUUUGGAUGUAAUAAAGCAUAAGAUGAAAGUGACAAACUGCAAACAUGGAGUAUUUGAUGAGGCAACCAUUGCUACCGUGCUCAAGGAAGUAUUGAAAGGCUUGGAGUACUUCCAUAGCAACGGGCAGAUUCACAGGGAUAUAAAAGCUGGUAACAUUUUACUAGGCGAGGAUGGGACCGUGCAAAUAGCAGACUUCGGUGUUUCAGCCUGGCUGGCCACCGACAGAGACCUCUCAAGGCAGCCAGUGAGGCACACUUUCGUGGGAACACCGUGCUGGAUGGCCCCUGAAGUUAUGGAGCAAGAUCAUGGAUAUGAUUUCAAAGCUGAUAUUUGGUCGUUCGGCAUAACGGCCAUAGAGAUGGCUACUGGCACUGCCCCGUACCACAAGUAUCCUCCGAUGAAAGUACUAAUGCUUACUCUACAGAACGAUCCGCCCAACAUUGACACAGGAGCCGAUGAAAAAGACCAGUACAAGGCCUACGGAAAAACAUUCAGAAAAAUGAUUGUGGAUUGUUUACAAAAGGAUCCGUCCAAACGGCCCACUGCCACGGAGCUGCUUAAACACCCUUUCUUCAAGAAGGCUAAAGAUAGGAAGUAUCUGACCCAGACACUAGUCGCGAUUGGUCCCAGUAUGGAAACACGAGUCCAUAAGGCGAGCAAAAGGCAGCCGGGAACGUCGGGCCGGUUGCACCGCACCGUCACCGGCGAGUGGGUGUGGAGCGAGGAGGAGGACGAGGGGGGGGAGCCGCACGAGUCCGACGAGGAGUCGUCGCCCACGCCGGACCGGCGGCCCAUGAACCGGCUCCAGCCGGCCGACUCCAGUGGGAGCGACUCCGAGGAGGAGCCCACGACGAAAGCGGCCACUCCGCCCGACGCGGCCACCACCGCUACUGAUGAACCACCUACUAUCAACCUGGUUUUAAGAUUAAGAAAUUCCCAUCGCGAGCUGAACGACAUACGGUUCGAGUUCGUGACGGGCAAGGACUCGGCGGAGGGUAUCGCCGCGGAGCUGAUCGGCGCCGGGCUGGUGGACCCGCGCGACUCGGUGCCCAUCUCCACGCACCUCGAGAGCCUGCUGCACGCGCAGGCGCCGCUCGCGCCCGCCGCGCCCAAGACGGUCACAUUCCACUUGAAUUCAGCCGUACCUAAUGAACAAUUUGAUGACAAAACAUUAAUAGGAUUCGCGCAGAUAUCGAUAGUUGAUUAGGAUUGGUACAACAGGUUUGUAGUCGUCGUGAAUGCGCCACUAGUAGGAAUUUGAAAAGAUAUACUUUAUAGCAUGUACUUUAGUUUAGCUACGUAAAACGGGGUCAUUUACAUCGGAGCAAGUAUCAAGUCAAAAAU